AGUUACGAGCCUGGAAGAACGAGAGCGUGAGGGGAGGGCUGUUAACUCCCUGUGCGCUGGGAGAAUUAGAUCUCCCUUCCCUUCAGCCUUGCUCUGCCUGCAGAGCUCGCACGCGGUGCCCUCCGGGAGAGGCCAGGCUGCUAGAGAAAGCCAAGAAUUUGCAGCAAAAUCAAGAGCAGCCUGCAAUGCUUGCUGGGGCCAACCCCCAGCAUCUCGCCUCAGUUCAGCCCCCAACCAGCCGACAGAGCAGCAGAAUUCCUCCUCCAGUGGGCUCUGCUGCCCUGGGCAAAGAAAUAGAGCCAGCAAGCGAAGGGAUUGAAAGAGUUGUUCUUGGGCAUUUGUCAAACUUUUAUUUCCUGGCUGCGUGCAAAGAAGAGAUCCAACUUCUAUUUUCUACGGAGGCUCUGGGUCCAGUCACCUACCUGAAGGUCUAGAAACCAUGAAGACUGUACUUUAUUUGCUAUGCCUCUUGGGAACUGCAGCUGCAAUCCCGACAAAUGCAAGAUUUUUAUCUGAUCUUUCCAAACCAACCACUGAGACACUGGUAACACCCACCAGUAAGGAAAUCCCUAUUGUAAGGGUUGAAGCUGCAGACAAUGAAAAGGAAGCCACGGGAUCCACAGAGAACCACCACAACCACAAGGCUGAACAGUCUUCAACAUUAAGGUCAGAAGAGGAAACCCAUGAACAGUCAGCAGAAGAAGACAAGACUCAGAGCCCCGAGCUGGGGCUGGAAGAUCAGAACAGCGAUGAUGAUGUGAAUUUAGAGUAUUCACCAACUGAAGGUAGCUUAGAAGACACAAAUGAGCCUCAGAAGAAAAAACUCCCAGAGAAUAUUGAUUUCCUUGCCUCCAAUGUUAGUUCCUUUGUGGAUUCUAACCAACAUGAAAAUAGCACAAAGGGAGAGGAAAAUCAAGAACAGCCAGGAAAUGAUUCACAUCUUCAGUUGAACAAGAAUAGCACACACAGACAAGAGCUAAGAGAAGAAGAGAGCCAAGAGCAGAAUCCAAACAUCACUAAUGGAGAAGAGGAAGAGGAAACAGAGCCAGGGGAAGUUGGCACCCCCACGGAUAACCCAGAUAGGGAGAAAGAAUUUGCCGAGGAGAAUUCUAACAACAAGCAAGAAGACAAUAAGAAAUCUGAUGAUACCUUGGAAGAGUCCAAUCAACCAACUCAAGUAAGCAAGAUGCAGGAGGAUGAGCUUGAGCAAGGUACCCAGGAAAAGAAAGAAGACAACUCUAAUGCAGAAAUAGAUGAGGACAAUGCUGCAAACAGCAAUGAACACAGUCAAGACACUGAAUGGCAGAGCCAAGAAGGAAAAAUAGGCCUUAAGGAUGGAAAUAAAGAGACCGUUUCUGAGGCUCUGCUCUUGGAUCCUACUGAUGAUAGUCAUGUCACACCCAGAAAUCAAGAAACUGAUGCUGAUGGGCUCAGUGAUGGCUCCCAGCACAGCACAAGUGAUGACUAUGUCCCAAACCAGGACUUUAUAGAUGCUGAAAAGGCCCAGUCCAUUUCCUACCAGCUCAGAUAUGAGGAGGAGAGAGGAAAAGCACCUAAGAAUGAGAAUGUAGAUGCCAGUGAGCCUGGAGACCAUCAAGAGGCCAAGCAAGCACAGAGCUCAUCAAAUGAAGAAGAGUCUGCGAGUGAAGGCCACGUGUGGAUGCAUGGUGCUGAUUCCUGUGUGAACUUCCCAUGUAAAAGAGGGCACGUCUGCAAAGCUGAACCGCAGGGAAAACCCCGCUGUGUCUGCCAAGACCCGGUGACUUGUCCUCCGGCAAAACCCCUUGACCAGGCUUGUGGCACCGACAACCAGACCUACGCGAGCUCCUGUCAUCUGUUUGCUACUAAGUGCAGACUGGAAGGGACCAAAAAGGGACACCAACUGCAGCUGGAUUAUUUUGGGGCCUGCAAAUCUAUUCCUGUGUGUACGGACUUUGAAGUGGCUCAGUUUCCUCUACGGAUGAGAGACUGGCUCAAGAAUAUCCUUAUGCAGCUUUAUGAACCUAACCCUAAACAUGCUGGGUAUCUAAAUGAGAAGCAGAGAAAUAAGGUAAAGAAGAUCUACCUGGAUGAGAAGAGGCUUUUAGCUGGGGACCACCCCAUUGAACUUCUCUUAAGGGACUUUAAGAAAAACUACCAUAUGUAUGUCUACCCUGUACACUGGCAGUUCAAUGAACUUGACCGGCACCCUAUGGACAGGGUCCUGACACAUUCCGAGCUUGCUCCUCUGCGCGCUUCUCUGGUGCCCAUGGAGCACUGCAUCACCCGCUUCUUUGAGGAGUGUGACCCUAACAAGGACAAGCACAUCACCUUGAAGGAGUGGGGCCACUGCUUUGGAAUUAAAGAAGAAGACAUAGACGAAAAUCUCCUGUUUUGAAUUAAGAUUGAAAGAACUCAAACUUUCAAGCAUCUUCCUCUGUUCUAACCACUUAUAAAAUAUAUACAACCACGACACUGGUAGGCAUAUAUAGCAAAAUGUUUGCAUGUAUGAGAAGAAAAUGAGAGUAAUUGCUUAGUGACAAUAUAUAAGUAUAAGGCAUUUAAUACUAACUUAGGAAAUAAAACUUUAAGUCAAUAUAUACAACAGAUUGUACACUGCUUAUGAACAACUUAACUCAUAGUAAUCUCACUCUUUGUAUCAACUUGUAAGAUAAUUA